AUGAUUGAAUCCGACUAUCCCCCAGUACCGCUGACUAGUGAACCUUUUCACGAGACGUUGCUUCGUGCGAUUAAGAGACAUUACGAGACUGGAAAGAACAAGAUCGCAUUCAUUGAUGGAGAGAAGCCACAGAGCGGUGUUACGUUCAGAAUGGUGUAUGAUCAGGCCUACUCUAUUUCCGCAUUCCUUCAUGCAAAAGGUUUUGGGAAAGAUGUCGCAUGUGCGGUGAUUCCAAACCUUUGGCAAUAUGCUCCUUUUUUUCUGGGUGUUUCGCUAAGAGGUGGAGCUAUUUCCGGGGCGUCUGCACUGUUCACCGACUGUGAGUAUUUCAUUCGUUCGAAAUUCUAA